AUGAAAAGCAAGAAACCAAUUACCACUCCAAAACAUCUUUCAGACAACCCCCUAAACAAAAAAUCAUUUGAAACAAUACCCUACCGUUUUUCUGAAAGUGGAAAUAUUAGGGAAUCCUUAUAUAGUAUGGGUAAAGACUUUCAUGGUUAUUCUAUGUCUUUUCCUGGUAGGAAAAAUUCAGGAGGUUUAAGUGAUGAUGAUUAUGAUGAGAGUGAUUCUGAUUGUCAUAACGAAACAGACGAAGAACAUCCAGAUUUAUCAAGUGAUGAUGAAAGGACAACUGAAGAUAAUGAUGAAACUGAAUUGAUUAUUACUGAAGAAAAUUAUGAAGAAAUUGUAGAUAGACUUAAACAAAUGGUUUUAAAUCAAAUAAUUUCACAACAUCAAAAUGAACAAACAAAAUUACGUAAAAGAUUUAUAGAGUGUUGUUCUAUUAUUAACAAAGAAAAAGAUGAUAUUAUCCAUGAUAUGGAAUUGUUUGGAUUAGGUAGUCUUGAUAAAGACAAAAUUAAUGAUACCCUUAGUUGUCUCGAAAAUACAAUCAAUGAUUUACAGAGAAAUUUUGAAGAUAAAAAAUAUAUUAGCACAAUUAAUUAA